AUGAUUAGGGCUUUUUCAAGACUGAGAUUUGGCUUGCCAUCAAUACGCGGUUCAAGGUGGGCUAGUUCCAAAGUCAUAGGAAUCGAUUUAGGAACGACAAAUAGUGCAGUCGCUUACAUUAGAGACCCUCUCGACCUCAAGUCAGUAACUAUAAUAGAAAACGACGAGGGUAAAAGAACAACUCCUUCUGUAGUAGGAUACGACGUAAAGAAUGGCUCCUAUGUUGUAGGAGAGGCCGCUAAGCGACAAGCGCUGAUCAACCCCGAAAACACGUUUUACGCUACAAAACGGCUCAUUGGACGUAUAUUUCAAGAUCAAGAAAUCCAAAAGGACUUAAGACACAUGCCUUUCAAAGUCUUGGAAAACCCAAGCAAUAAGCAAGCAUAUCUGUCAACAUCGACAGGAGAAAUUAAAUCUCCGGGCGAAAUUGGCUCAGCAGUCCUAAGCUAUUUGCGAAAGACAGCAGAGAACUACCUGAACGAAGAAAUCAACAAAGCCGUAAUCACUGUUCCAGCUUAUUUUAACGAUUCCCAAAGGCAAGCCACAAAAGAUGCAGGAAAAAUGGCAGGGUUGAACGUUCUCAGAGUAGUAAAUGAGCCCACAGCGGCAGCGUUGAGUUUUGGUCUCAAUACAAGUGAAUACUCCGGUAUAAUUGCUGUUUACGAUUUAGGUGGGGGAACAUUCGAUAUAUCCAUUUUGGACAUCGAAGGUGGCGUUUUUGAAGUUCGGGCCACCAACGGUGACACCCAUUUAGGCGGUGAGGAUUUUGACAAUGUAGUGAUCAACUACAUUGUUGAUAAAUUCGUUGAAGCCAAUCCAGAUGUCACCAAAAAAGAAGUGCUAGAAAAUCGGGAAGCGAUGCAGAGGAUCAGAGCAGCUUCCGAGCAGGCAAAAAUAGAGCUGUCUCACGUCAAAGAGACGAGCGUCAACAUUCCAUUUCUUUAUAAAAAUAAACACGUCGAGAUACCACUGUCGGAAAGCCAGCUUGACGAAAUGACGCUGGAUCUCAUAGAAAAGACAAUUCCACCUGUCAAGAGAGCGCUGAAAGAUGCAGAAAUUGAGCCAGAAGAAGUUGACGAGGUAAUUUUGGUAGGAGGUAUGACGAGAAUGCCCAAGAUCAGAUCAACUGUCUCUCGCGUUUUCGAAAAACAGGUCAAUACAAGCGUGAACCCCGAUGAGACGGUAGCGUUGGGAGCCGCAAUUCAAGGAGGAGUACUUUCAGGUGAGAUAAAAAAUGUUUUGCUGUUAGACGUGACGCCGUUGACCUUGGGCAUUGAAACAUAUGGAGGGGUUUUCUCACCCCUCAUCCCACGCAAUACCACUGUUCCUGUGAAGAAAACCGAGGUUUUCAGUACUGGUGUAAAUGGUCAAACAGGAGUGGAUAUAAGAGUUUUCCAAGGUGAAAGGGGUCUGGUAAAGGAUAACAAACUAAUAGGAGAUUUCACGCUCGCGGGUAUUACACCGAUGCCAAAAGGUGUCCCACAAAUUGGGGUAACCUUCGACAUCGAUGCGGAUGGUAUCAUCAAUGUGUCGGCGGCUGAAACUGGCACUGGUAAAGAGAACUCAAUCACGGUAAUAGCCAAUUCAGGACUCACAGAGGAGGAGAUUAACAGGAUGGUCGAGGAUGCCAAUGCUAAUAAAGAAAUGGACAAUUUGAUACGUCAAAGGGUGGAGCUAAUUACAAAGGCGGAUAUUAUGAUUUCAGAUACUGAAAAUGCAUUUGAACGAUUUAAGGAAACGAUUAUGAAAAGUCAAUUAUACCCUGAGAUACUCGCAGAGCUACAAGAUACGCGUGCUAUGAUCAUAAACUUCAAAGAAAACGAAUCUGAUCUGAGCUUGGACGUGAACGACGUAAAAAGAGCCACAGAUCAAGUACAGAAACGUGCCAUGCAGCUUUUCCAGGAUGCAUCAAAAAAAUAG